GUGAAGUUGGUAGAUCAGUUCCAACAUGAAGUGCCUUAUAGCAAUUGGCCUUCUGGUCACUCUGACAUCAGUGGUCUGUGAAGAUGACCCAGUCGAGCCAGCGCCAGUGGUUGUAGCCACCAGACCAAGACCCAUCGGUGUGAUUUACUUGAUCCAGUUACUAAACCAACAACCGCCACCCAGCGACUACGACGAAAUCACCAACACGGUACCAAGCGACAACCCCUACAAGAACAGCAAGCUGUUGCUGUCCUUAGCCCCCAACAACGUCGACCAAGUCAAGGGCAACAGUCGUGAGAAGAGGUCGCCCGGAGGCUACGGCAAGGGCGGCGGCGGCGGCGGCUGUAACGUGUGCGGCGGCGGCGGUGGUGGUGGCGGCGGAGCCUGGGCCAGUUCGUCUUCGCAGUCCUCUGCUGGAAGCUUUGGAUAUGGAAAAGGAAAAUAUGGCAAAUAAAACUGAAGCGUGAUUAUUUUACCUGAGGGCAUUUAGCAAUACGAGGAAGUAUUUUUUCCAAAAUUGUAAAGAUUUAUGUUUGUUUUUGUUCUUAUUUCAACAAUAAAGUGAUUUUUAAUUUUA